GUGGGUGCACGCCCUGAAGAUGACCUGGCACGUGCAGUGCUUCACCUGCGCUGCCUGCAAGACGCCCAUCCGCAACCGCGCCUUCUACAUGGAGGAGGGGCAGCCCUACUGCGAGAGAGAUUACGAGAAGAUGUUUGGCACCAAAUGCCGUGGCUGCGACUUCAAGAUCGAUGCCGGUGACCGGUUCCUGGAGGCGCUGGGCUUCAGCUGGCACGACACCUGCUUCGUCUGUGCGAUCUGCCAGACCAACCUGGAGGGGAAGACCUUCUACUCCAAGAAGGACAAGCCCCUGUGCAAGAGCCAUGCCUUCUCCCAUGUGUGAGGGGAACCGUUUCCCCCAGCCCGGCCCGCCCUGCAUGCUUCUCUCUGCCCCACCGCAGCCCUCGGGAACCCUGCCUGGAGCGUGGCAGGGGCCCGGCUGGACACGCCUCUCCUCACCCUGUGCCGGCCCUGGCCUGGGGCUAACGGGUGCUGCUGCCAAGCACCCACCCUCCUCCCUCCCCGCACCUGCUGCAGGCCCUGCAUUGGGCUGGGCUGCUCCACAAAGCCAGUGCAUGGGCAUGUGCCCUGAGCCAGCAGCUGGCCCUUGUGCCCCCCUGCCCUACACAGGGCCGUCUCUGCUGGGGUCCACGAGCCAGAGCGCAGAGCCCCGCCCCGGCCCUGCUGCCCCAUGGGUGAGGGCGGGAGGAGACCCUGCAGUGACCACGCUUGUGCCACCUACUUCCCUGCCCAAGAGCCACUGCUGUCCCCCCACCCACACGCACCCCUUCCCCCCGUGCCCAGCCGGGCUGUGACGCCGCGCGGAGCUUUUAGUGUCUCAAUAAACACUUCUGUGCAA